CUUCUACAUUCUCUUCCUAUUCUAAAUUCAAUGGUUCAAGGUUAUUUUAUUGAUAGAGGCACUUCUUUUUAGUUCAUUAUGGAAGACGUCAACAGUGAACAAGUUUUUCAGUAUUAUACAAUUAUAAAUGAUCCAUCUAAUGAAAAUAAUGAUGAAAAAGAAGAUAGUAGCAAUCAGGUUGUAUAUUUUACAGUUGAUGAUGUGUGUGAUAUUAAAGAACCAACUACAUUGGAAACAUGCGAUAACAAUAGUCAUGAAGGUGAUUUCAUCCCGUCUUUUUCUCCCAAUUCCAAUGUUCAGAUAAUUACCCUUGAUGAUGGUAGAGUAUUUAUGACUACGAUAACUAAAGAUGCAAAUUUUGAGUCGAGAGACCCACAUUUAAUAACAAACAGUACUAAUGAACAAGAAGAGGACGUUGAAGAAGAAGGGCUCUUGGGAAAUUUAAAUGCAGAUAAUGAAAGUUGCGUAGAUGAGAAGUAUGAGAUAGUACAAGUACUUGAUAAUUCUUCUCAGCAAAUGUUUGAAAUGGUAUAUUGUGAUCCACCCUCUACACAGCCAGCUUUAAAGAAAGAAAAAUCUUAUGUUUGUUUAUACGAAGGAUGUGGGAAAAUGUACACAAUGGCACAUCAAUUAGAUGUUCAUAUGCGAAAUCAUUUGUGUUUUAAACCAUACGCAUGUACUGAAGAUGGCUGUGACAAAACCUUUUCUACUAAUUACUCCUUAAAAGCUCAUAUACGUACCCAUACAGGAGAGAAGCCGUAUAGCUGCUCGAUUUGUCAAAAGGCUUUUAAAACAUCUGGUGAUCUUCAAAAACAUGUCAGAAUUCACACAGGUGAAAAACCUUUUAUGUGUCCUAUUAAGUACUGUGGGAAGUCAUUUACAACAUCCAACAUUAGAAAAGUUCAUGUAAGGUCUCACACAGGAGAGAGGCCUUAUACUUGCAAUUAUCCAAAUUGUGGAAAGGCCUUUUCUUCAUCGACGAACUACAAAAAUCACGUACGCAUACAUUCUGGAGAGAAGCCAUAUAUUUGCCAAGUAAAGGAUUGCGGAAAGAGAUUUACCGAAUAUUCCUCGCUGUACAAACACAAUAUGGUACAUCAAACGGAUAGGCCUUACAGUUGCCGUUUCUGCGGACAAAAAUUCAAACAACAGUCGGCCAUGAGUCUGCAUAAGAGAGUAAAACACAACAUAAUCAUCGCUAGUGACGGUACUGAAAUAGUAGUUGAUAUAAAUUGAUGUUGAUAUGGUUUAGAUUAAUUAAUAGGUAUAUUUUAUGUAAAAUUUCAUUAGUAGACCUCUAUGAAAAUUAAGUAGUUUAAUAAGUGAAGUACAUAUAUUGUGUUUUGAUAUAAACCAGUGUUUCCAGUUGAAUAGUUGGGAUUUUGAACAUAAAAAAAUAUAUAGUUUAAAAGAAAAGGAUACGUAAUUAUUUUU